GAUUAGCUUAACAAUUAUUGGACCUUUGCUUCUUGUUCCUAUCUUUCUUUCUCUCUUUCUCUAUGUUCCUUGUACUGAGUAUGAUCCUCUUCCUUCUCCCACCUUACUCAGGAGCUGAGAAUGGUGAUGAAUUCUGUCCACCAAAAACAUGCAGCCCAGACGGACCAGAAAUUAGAUAUCCCUUCCGACUCAAAACUCAACCACUCUUCUGUGGCGAUGAAGGGUUUGAAUUGUCUUGCUUAAAUGACAAGACAUUAUUGCACCUUCCUUUCUCAGGCGAUUACUAUGUGCAAAAAAUUGUAUAUUAUAUUGGCUUAAUUACCAUUGUGGAUGUGGAGGAGACCGCAUGCACAAUACAAAGUCUUCUAGCCCCUAACCUCAGAAACUCCAGAUUCCAUGUUUCCAACCUAAAUCUUGAACACACAAUAUUCAACUGCACCAACAGGAUUAACACCAGUAGUCAUUACGAUGCAGUUGGACCUAUUAGUUGCCUCAGUUACGAUAGAAAUUUUGUUUAUGUAAUGCCUUCAUACAAAUAUUCUGAUAAAAUUCUGCCCUUAAAUUGUAGAAAAUAUAAAACGGUUGAAAGUUCUAGAUAUUUCACUUCGGCGGAUGCUAGUAGAGGGACUUCCACAAAUCCAGCAAUCGCAAUAGGAUGGAAACCUCAUAAAGAAUGCGAUAAAUGCGAAGAUUCAGGAGACUACUGCGGGUUCGAUACUACAAGCAAUUCUGUAAUGUGUUGCAAACAUGACAAUCCAAAAUUCUGUUUCAACUACGACCGCCAUCAUUCUCCAGUAAAAAAAAUUGUAUUGUAUAUAGCCGUAAGUAUUGGAGGGAGUACAUUACUUGCGUUGGUGAUACUGAUUGUUUACAAAUCAUGGAAAUCUGAGAAUGAAAAAGAGGCUCAACUUAAAGUGGACAAGUUCCUGGAAGACUACAAGACUCUUAAUCCAGCCAGAUAUUCUUACAGUGACCUUAAGAAAAUUACGGGUAAAUUUAAACAGAGACUCGGCCAAGGGGGUUAUGGAAGUGUCUUCAGAGGAAAAUUUUCCAAUGGAAUUCCGGUUGCGGUUAAGAUGUUGGAACAUUCAAAAGAAAAUGGAGAAGAGUUCAUCAAUGAAGUGGCCACUAUAGGAAGGAUACACCAUUUUAACAUUGUUCGUCUUCUAGGAUUUUGCUCAGAAGGAACACGACGUGCUCUUAUCUAUGAAUUUAUGCCAAAUGGAUCGCUUGAGAAGUUUCUAUUCUCAAGGGAAAACGAGUCAGCUCAGCGUCCAUUAAGUUGGGAAAAGCUGCAAAACAUUGCAAUUGGCAUUGCCCGUGGAGUAGAGUACUUGCACCAAGGAUGCAACCAAAGGAUCCUUCACUUUGACAUCAAACCUCACAACAUAUUACUUGACCAUAAUUUUAGGCCAAAGAUUUCAGAUUUCGGUCUUGCCAAGCUAUGCUCAAAGGAACAAAGUGUUAUAACAAUGACCGCGGCUAGAGGAACUGCUGGCUACAUUGCUCCGGAGCUUUUCUCAAGAAAUUUUGGAGAUGUUUCUUACAAAUCAGAUGUGUUUAGUUAUGGAAUGAUGUUGUUAGAGAUGGUUGGCUGUCGGAAGAUUAUUGAUCUUACAAUUGAAAAUCAGAGCCAAAUUUACUUUCCAGAGUGGAUAUACAACAAAUUGAGCCAAGGAAAAGAACUUCAUCUUGAAUUUGUUGAAGAUGAAGAUGAGGAAAUUGCCAAGAAGCUUGCAAUAGUGGGACUCCGGUGCAUUCAAUGGAAUCCAAUAGAGAGACCUUCCAUGCCAAUGGUAUUACAGAUGCUUGAAGGUGAUUUACAAAGCUUGGAGAUGCCUCCAAAGCCCUUUGUUUCUUCAAAUGUUGAAAUUGGUGGAAACUGAUUGAAUUAUUGAAGAUUGUAUCUAGAGUGAACUAUACUAUUUGUUUGUUAUUAUUUGGAAAUGGAGCCAAUGUGAUGUAUCAAAUACAAAAUGGAAAGCAAGUCCCUGCUUCAAAUAUGCCCAUGUAUAAUAAAUAAGACUCAUACUUUUGUGGAAUUGAAGUUCGAACACUUGAGUGUUUAUCGAUUCAG